AUGUCCAUUUCCGCAGAUGAGUUUCCCAUUCUGUCUUCCCUACCUGCAUCCGCGCCUGCCUCAAACCAACACCCGGCGACUGAACUUUCGAUGCCACUACCACCACCAUCAGCCGCGCAUGGUUCCCUUCUUCCCCUUGUGCCUUCGUCUCCGCCAACAUCGCAGCAGCUGGAGAUGACCGCUGAUUCUCCGCGGUUUCUCGCUACCAUUGUCACUAAGACGGAGGACCCGACCCCCACACCCACCGUCACUGAGAGCCGUCAGGACAUGGAACCGGAGAACCUCUUUAAGACCACGGUUAGUUGCGUUUGA